CUCCGUGUUUUCGAACAAGAUAAGAAAAAAGCUCUGAUAACAAUGGCGCUACUAACGGCGUCGUCUGGACUGGCGACAGGACACGCUUCCAUUUCAUGCUUCGUCAAGCCUCAAUCGGCGUCAAUAAGAUUGAAGCCCAACUCCCCGGCGGUUUCGGAGCUAGGGUUUGUUACUUCUCAACUGAGUGGCCUCAAAAUUUCUUACGAACAAUGCACUUUACCCAAUAACCUCUCUUCCACAAUCAAGCUUCCUCUUCAACCUGUUGCUCGUAGAAUCUGCCCUUUUACUGGAAAGAAAUCAAACAGGAAAAACCUUGUAUCUCACUCAAACCACAAGACAAAGAAAUUGCAAUUUGUUAACCUUCAAUACAAGAGAGUAUGGUGGGAAGCUGGAAAUCGAUUUGUGAAAUUGCGUCUAUCAACCAAGGCAUUAAAGACAAUCGAAAAAAAUGGUCUUGAUGCUGUUGCUAAGAAAGCAGGAAUAGAUCUUAGCAAAAAAUAGUUUCAUUCCUUCGCACAAUGUUGUUAUAUUUCUGUUAAAACUGUCGCUUAAAAUUUCCUCUUUUCAAUGGAAUCAUGUUUCAAGUCUCCUAACAUGUUAUUGUGAUUUACAUCUCACUUGUUUUCAUAAAAUGUUGUCUUAAUUUAUGAAGAAUUCGAAAUAGAUUAAUCAUGGACAUGAUGUUAUACAUAUA